CGCGUCUCUCACCGCGCCUCGGAUACAGUGUGACCAGCCGCGCCGAGCAGAGAAACCGUCCACAGCAAACCACCGUCCGCACACCAGCACAGCAAAAAUAAAACCCAAACGAUGACAUUCUUACAGAUACGACAGAAUCAAGCAAUUAUUUGACAACUUCCGACCCCCCACACCUUGCCUUCGCCGCUCCUUGCUGUAAGUGCCCCGGUCCAACUGUCCGGUCCUCCCCUCCCAGCCCAUCGGCCCUCCUGUCCAGCGGGACCAUGAUGCUAAGCAGCUCUGUGGAGGUGCCCAGCCCGGGCGGGAUGAGCGGCCUCAGCGGGUUGAGUGCAGCAGCCCGGAACGUGGUGCGCUCCUCCAGCAUCUCGGGGGCCAUGUACAGCCUGGAAAAGAGUCCUGGCAGCGGCGGCCCGGACUCUGGAUCUUUGGCUGGCAACAAGAAGCGGCGCUCCAGUCUGGGCGCCAAGAUGGUGGCCAUUGUGGGUUUGUCGCAGUGGAGCAAGAGCACGCAGCAACUCAACCAGCAAGACGGCGGGACAAAGAAACUUCGCAGCACCAUCCGACGGAGCACAGAGACUGGCAUCGCCGUGGAGAUGAGGAACCGAGUGACACGGCAGGGCAGCAAGGACUCAACCGACGGCAGCACCAACUCAAACAGCUCCGACGGAACGUUUGUCUUCCCUACCACACGCCUGGGGCCUGAGAGCCAGUUCAGUGAUUUCCUGGACGGACUAGGCCCUGCUCAGAUUGUAGGCCGGCAAACACUAGCUACACCCCCCAUGGGGGAUGUCCAUGUAGGCAUGGUGGACAGAGGAGGGCAGCUGGAGGUGGAGGUCAACCAGGCCAGAGGGUUGAUCCCCAAACCGGGCUCCAAGAACAUACCAGCGACCUACGUAAAGGUGUAUGUCCUGGAGAAUGGAGUGUGCUUGUCCAAGAAGAAAACCAAAGUAGUGAAGAAGACUCUGGACCCCACCUACCAGCAGGCUCUGUUGUUUGAUGAGAGUCCUCAGGGCAAAGUCCUACAGGUAAUAGUGUGGGGAGAUUACGGGCGUAUGGACCACAAGUGCUUCAUGGGAAUGGCCCAGAUCCUUCUGGAGGACUUGGACCUGUCUGCCACAGUCAGCGGCUGGUACAAGCUGUUCCCUACCUCCUCUCUGGCAGACCCCAGCAUCGGACCCCUCACCAGACGGCUCUCCCAGUCCUCUCUGGAGAGCGCCACCAGCCCCUCAUGCACCUAGACCCCCCCCCCCCAGUAGACACCCACAUGCAAGGACACAGGCAGGAGUCAUGCAGACACAGACACACGUACUGUAUAUACACAGCGACUGUAUUUGAAGUACAAGACAGGUAGACAUACACACACACACACAUAUAUACCCAUGCGCAUCUGUGCAGGAAUACACAUGUGACACAUAAUAACUGAUCUCAUCCACGUGAAUAUACACACUUGAGGCGCCGCCACAUCCUUUACUGGACAUUACACUCUACUGAACGUCCAUAUCAUCACCCACUGAUCAGUGUUUUUAGUCGACUAAGCAGUGAGCAAAUCCAACUUGAAGUAGGCAUAAUUUACCAGAACAUGUAGCAUUUUUCACCCUCUCAUUUCAACAUCUCCUGCCAUGACACAACGAUCCACCAGGUGCCAUAUUCUGCAUUCCAACGUAUCAGAUCUCCGUGGCACGAUUCAUCCCAGGGCCAUCCCGAUGCCAGUUUCUAAACUCUCUAUGCCAAACUAAGAAAAAAAAACUUUAUUUUUUAAAACCAAAGCAAUUGUUAUUGUUGUUAUUAUUACUAUAAGUAGUAGGUGAACUAGUAUACAAUAUAAAGUAUGGAUAUGUAGCAGAGUCUAUGACUUAGAUGUAAUGCAAAAAAAGAAGAUACAUUCUACAUAUGUGAGCUGAGAAUGGUAGGUCAAACACGUAAACAUACCUGGGCAGCAGGCUUGGAUGUUCACAUAAUGGCUAUUAUGUGAGGUAGCAACACUGCUAUUCUAUAAUUUUCACAGGGCAGAGUUUAUAUAUAGAUAUACAUAUAUAUACAGUAUAUCUAUAUAUAAAUAGAUAGAUAGUUAAAUACUUAUUUGUGUUUACGUAUCGGCUGCAUUCUGCAUGUUUGCUUGCAACCCUUAGUAGAGACAUUUUAAAGUGCUUAAAUCUUUUCAUUUAGCUUGCCUUGGCCAAUGUAACAGGAAUAUAGUGCCACUUUAUUUUGCGAUCCGUCCCGAGAAGAGAGCACUGCACUGAAGUUAGGGAGAAGGAUGGGGCUUUGGUGACAGGGAGAGCGCUAUCAUUGCCACCCGCAGAAGAAGAGAACAAAUUAGUCAGCCAGCUACACAUUUCGCUGAGAAACAAAUUUCUGAUCCUGCCUUCAUCUUUAGAGCAAAGGACUGUUGUACCACACGGCACUCAGCACAAAAGCUCUGGUCUGGGGUUCUUGUGUUCCACAUCCAGGGCGGUGCCGCAGUCACACUCCCUCUCUCUCUCUGUAUACCAGCAUCCUAGACUUUGUUUGGACUUGCUGUUUGAUUUCCCUGUUUUGAUGUCAUCUGUUUUAUCGGACUCUUCCUAAUUGACGAAAGAGGCAGGGAGGUGGCGAGCAUGCCUCUGUCUCCUCUCCCCGUCUGGUGACAUCACAGCCAGACAUCCAACCACAGGCAAACACGCACACACCUGAUAUCAACUACAACCUUUAACCCUCCUACUUUCUCUUUCGGUCACUCCUCUCCGUCACACUGACUGUAACUAAACCUUUUGUAAAAGUGUAAACAUGUUACGCCAGUAUUAUUUUGCUAGCAGGGUGAUUGUUAACCUGCCAUAUAAGGUAGUUUUACUUGUUUCAGGUGCAAUAUGUCAAAUCUAAUCCAUCUUUCCUGUCAGGCAGUGUCUGUGUGUGUGUGUGUGUGUGUGUGUGUGUGUGUGUGUGUUUAAGAUAGCACUUUACUGUAAAAUAUGUGUUAUGUUUGAAUUCUGAACCUGCAGUUGUUGACCACUUGUUAAUUUAUUUUUUUAUUUUAUGUGGUCACACUGCACUGAGCAUCUCUGAAUCUUUUAAUUGAACGCCAGCAUGCAAAGUGUAACCUGAGCGCGUGAUGAAUUGCAGUGUAAGGGCCCGCUAAAACAGCGGAAACAGGUCAUAUUUGCCUAUAGCAUUUACAUGUAAAUCUGAGCUCUCAUGUAAGUAAUUUAUUUCCAUAAAAAAUAUAUGCUUGGAGAAAAAUAUUUUUGGGUAGGAAAAGUCAAAAUAGUGUUUUAAGUAAUAAUAAGCCAAGACAUUUACUGUUGCAUUUGCAGUUGUGUUUGAUUGAUUUAAAGAAAUGGUUCAGCUGUCAAAUGUCUUUCUCACAAAGGUAAGACUGACCUGUUGGCUGUUUUAGUUAAAUGUGCAAUGGUUGAGUCUUCACUGACAGCAGAGGAGUAGCUACUGCUGUUUCCUGUUUUCUUUAAGAUGAAGACAAAUUUAUACCUGUCACUUCAGUGACUUUUUUUUUUUUUUUUUUUAGAGUCUUUUGAAUCUGUCUGUCUUAAGACCAACACCUAACCGUGUUUAUGGAUAAAGACACUAAACACAGUCGUAUUUCAGUAGUGUUACGAGAGCUGACAGUCUCAAGCUAUAGCCUAUUAAAAGCUUGUGUGUGUUUACGAGCUCGCAUUUGGUUUUAUUACCUCCAUAUGUUCUAUCGUCUGCUAAGAACUGUCAUUCCUCUUUUCAUGGUUCUGCAAAAAAAAAAAAAAAAAAAGGGAAAAACUGAGGUAUUUUAUCUUCUCAGCACCUCAGACCAACAGAAUUCACAUUUCAACGCUCUUUGAACUUUGCAUAAAGGGAUCUCUGGCAAUCUUGAAUUUUUGGGAGGAGGGUGAUUGUUGUUUUUGACCCUCUCAUUAUGUAUACCACCCUUUUUAAAAAGAAAAAAACUUUAAAAAAAGACCCAUUAAGGUCUGAGUUCCAAUUUCCUUUAUAGUUUGGAGCUCUUCCUUGCUGGAUCUUUACUUGUAUGGUCAUGUAUAUGAAGUAAUUUUAUGUACCUUAUUGAUUUGUAUCUAUCUAUUUUUGUGGACAGCUGGCAUGAUGUAAAAAAAAAAAAAAAAGGACUUAUACUCUUGGUAUUUGCACACGUUCUCUUCAGUGCGCGCGUUUUAUGAAGACAAAAAAAACCUUGGUUGACGAGAGAGAAACUAAGUGGAAAGAACAUAAAGCUUAAAAAAUAAAAAAAAAUAAAAAGAAACUUCAAAGGAAUUUCUAAACCUGUAUAACUUCCCUGCUGAAUGUUUAGUCUUUGGUAAACUCUAUGAAAAUACUGUUAAUAUUUUUCCAUGUGAUUUCCAGUAUUCUGGAGCUUGUAUGAGACUGUCUGUGUCCCUUUUGCUGUAUUGAGAAACCCAAAACAUUUAACAGUUCUGACUAUAGAAAGUAGAAAAAGACACAGACAUGUAUAAUUAUCCUAUAAGAAGUGUAUUUACAGAGAGCAGAGAGCAUUUGCCAAAUUUUGUCCAAAAUCCUUUGAUCCCUGCAACCAAAAAGCAAAAGUUGAAAUGUUGCCUUUCUUCAAAGUGUAGUGCGGAGGUGUGUGUCCUUUUAAUGAGGUGCAUUUAUUGUACUGUGUGAUGCACAAUGAGUGGCAAGGCAGCAACAUGAGUGAGUGAGAGAGAGAUUUUAAACGUGUAGAUAUUUACUAAAAAGUCACUUGUAAACUCAAGUUGACAGUGGACCACAGCGAGGAGAAUUUAAGGGAUCAGGGUUUUCAGAUAUGAGCAUUAACACCUUUUUUCUGUCGUCAUGACAUUUAACACAGAUUAGAAAAAUGUACUGUAGUGUCACAUUAUUAACAUGGAUUGUCUCACAACAUGAUCAUUUUAUUUGGACACAUGUUUUAAGUCCCUUUUUAAGAAAAUUAUUGUAAAGCUGCAAAAGAGGGCUUAAAGAGAGUUUGACGGUUCACAGGCAGCAGAGUCGCAGCAGGUCGUCUGAGAGUUUUUAUGGUUUUCUUGAACUGAAAGGCUUUUUCUUUUUUCUUUUUUUCAACAUGAAGGAGCAGGUUGCUAAAUUGUGGGACACUUGAGAGUAUUUUAUUUCCAACAAGCACGGAGCAUGUAGAGCAGAUAGGUAAAGAUAGUAUUAGCUUGACAGUAUUUGGCUCUGCGGAGAUUUGAAUGUAAAGUCUGGAUGAUGCUUGGAAUGUAAACCCACACACUUGCUUGUUUCCCUGUAAAAUCCACAUUGAGCAUUCUAUAACCCAAUUUUAUUGCGUGUGAAACUUUUUAUAAUGUAACUUUAAUCAACCCGAAUCGUCUCUUGAGUGCUAUGUUUGAAAAUGUAUUUUAUUUUUGUAAAGAAAGAGAGGUAUUAUUCAGAGAAGGAGGAGGGAGAGUCAGAGAGGCGGUGUGGGCGAAACCUGCCUUUUUUUGAUUCUUGUGAAAAUGAGGGCUUGUUCAGUUUACAAUGGCCUUAUUUUGUGUAGGAGACAUUGCUUCACUAUUGUAGCACACAACUGAAAGUUUUGACAAAUGUAUUUUGCUUGAAAUAUUGUACUGAAGUUAUAUAUGUGUAUAUGUAUAGUUUUAUGAAUGUAUUUCUUAAUCCUUACACCAGAACCGAGUGUAAUCUUUUUCUCAUCUUGUUUGCUACACUGUCUCUUUGAAGACUUUCCAGGGAACCUCGCCUGCAUUCAUUCAGGUGGCCCCCAACUUUUACUGUACUGUAUGUCUUAUUCUCUGUGUAUUCAUUUAAAAAGAACAGCUCUGUGGUUGAAACAAGCAUGAAUUCUGUCUGGCUAAAUGAAUUUUUAUUUAUUUGAACUGCCACGAUGGGUUCCAAGCUAAAGGAUUGCUCCCCCCCCCCUCACCAAUUAAGCUAUCGAUUUAAUCUAUCAAGCUGAUGGAAUUGUUUUUGAUUUUUGUACUUUGCACUAGAAAAUGUUUGCCGCAUGGUUACUCUGAUGAUUUUCUCGUAUUUAAUCUUUCUGAUGGUAUGAUAAUGAUGAUAAUUAUUACGAUACUAACAAGUGGCGAUGAUGAUGAAGUCAGUUAGACCCAGUACCACACUGAUGGGAAUUUAAUGAGAUGCAAAAGAAUUGUCAAAUAUGCUGUAUCUUAAAGUAGCAUGGACUUAGCCUUCCAUUUUCUUUACCUUUCCUCUGGCAAUAACCAUUGGCUGUAGCCCCUUACUGUUGCUGUUGCUCACUCUUGGCUUCAGCCUUUUCAUCUCUCCUAAUAUUUUUGGGGAUGUGGUAUCAGUACCAGCUGAACUACCACGAUGACAAAUACGAUAUAAUGUCACAUUUGCAAGAGCUAGAAGAAAUUUAGACUUGACAGAGCAUGCGGUGCAUUGUGAGUAACUUCUAUUUCCACGAUAGUCCCCCAAGAGCAACAGCUAUUAAUUUAGUUUUUUAUUUCUGCUUUUCCUUUUCUAACGAAGCAUGCAUUCCAUAUGUCUGUUUGCCAAUGUAGCAGGUGUCACCGAGAGCGAAAACAGACAUCACUGCUGAGUUGAUGGGCAAAUUGGUUGGAGUUUUUUGCUGCUGAAUACGCCAGUUUGUCCUCAUCCACGUCUAUAAAUGUUGGUAAUCACAGCACAAGUUUCCUGAGUAGCCAUUCAGUCCUUUUAGAUGUCUGUCAGACUAUAUGAAGGCCACUGUAGCUUCCCUCCCCCACUGUUAAGACAACCAUUAUCUUAUCAAGCCCAGCAAAGCACAAUGUGUAACCCCAAAAAUAAAGCAAAUCCCUGAAAGGUUUUGAUAAUAUUUAAUGGACCACAAUUAUAUUUUUAAGCACACGUUGUAGAUCGAUGACUUGGAGUCAAAUGUAGAGAUGGAUGAGAACGUCAAAACGUUUAGCCCAGUUAAAUUGGAUUGCUGGUGUUGGUAGAUGAGCGGUUGUCUUUUCUUAACUGGCCUUAACCUUUCCACCAAGGAGUGUUCACAGAGUAUGUUUUAAAGGGCAAAGCAUAGCAGACCGUCUGAUGAAAGGAUGCAGUUUAUGGCAAAGAAGAGAAAGGGAGCUGUAAUUUUAUACCUGUGCUUUGUAAAUGUUUUCUAUGUGCAGUAUUUGAUAAUGUAAAACUGGUAUUUUUGUGGUUUGUACGCUGCAGAAUUGAUUACUUAAGGUGCACGUAGUUUUGUAAGAAAAUAGAACCAAACUGAGGAACAAAAAGAACAAUUUCGGAUUCAGAAGCCUGUAUUUGCAUGCCCUUUGACAUCUGGACGCAAAGUCAAUAAAGUUUAUUUGAAUCACAAA